AUGAACGAGCUGGAGUCCGAGGUGCUGCCCCUGCCGCCCCGCUACCGGUUCCGGGACCUGCUGCUGGGGGACCAGGCCUUCCAGAACGACGACAGGGUACAGGUUGAGUUCUACGUAAAUGAAAACACCUUUAAAGAACGUCUCAAACUGUUCUUCAUCAAAAACCAAAGAUCAAGCCUAAGGAUACGGCUCUUCAACUUCUCCCUGAAGCUUCUCACCUGUCUUCUCUAUAUUGUACGUGUUCUGCUUGACAAUCCAGCAGAGGGAAUAGGAUGCUGGGAAUGCGAAAAGCAGAAUUACUCAACCUUCAACCAGUCGUCUACAGAAAUAAACUGGGCUCCAAUCUUAUGGGUGGAUAGAAAAAUGCCAUUAUGGGCCAUACAGGUUAGCGUAGCUUUAAUCAGCUUCCUAGAGACCAUGCUUCUCAUCUAUCUCAGCUACAAGGGAAACAUCUGGGAGCAGAUUUUUCGCAUUUCAUUCAUCCUUGAAAUGAUCAACACGGUGCCCUUUAUAAUCACAAUAUUCUGGUCCCCUUUACGGAAUUUGUUUAUUCCAGUUUUUCUGAACUGCUGGCUGGCCAAGUACGCCCUGGAAAACAUGAUAAACGACCUGCACCGAGCGAUACAGAGGACGCAAUCCGCCAUGUUCAAUCAGGUGCUGAUUCUGAUUUGUACCCUGCUGUGUCUUGUUUUCACAGGAACCUGUGGCAUCCAGCAUUUAGAAAGAGCAGGCGACAACCUCUCCCUCUUCAAGUCCUUCUACUUCUGUAUCGUCACCUUCUCCACCGUGGGCUAUGGAGAUGUGACCCCAAAGAUCUGGCCCUCGCAGCUCCUGGUGGUUAUAAUGAUUUGCGUUGCCCUUGUCGUGCUGCCCCUCCAGUUCGAGGAGCUUGUGUACCUCUGGAUGGAACGUCAGAAAUCAGGAGGGAAUUACAGCCGCCACCGAGCACAGACGGAGAAACACGUUGUCCUUUGUGUCAGUUCCCUCAAGAUUGACCUCCUGAUGGACUUUCUGAAUGAGUUCUACGCCCAUCCCCGGCUGCAGGAUUACUACGUAGUGAUACUUUGCCCAACAGAGAUGGAUAUACAAGUUCGGCGGGUCCUUCAGAUUCCUCUGUGGUCUCAGCGAGUGAUAUAUCUUCAGGGAUCUGCACUGAAAGAUCAGGAUCUCAUGAGAGCAAAGAUGGAUAACGGAGAGGCCUGUUUCAUUCUCAGCAGUCGAAACGAGGCGGACCGCACAGCCGCGGACCAUCAGACCAUCCUGAGAGCCUGGGCUGUGAAGGAUUUUGCUCCCAACUGCCCCCUCUACGUUCAGAUUCUAAAGCCUGAAAACAAGUUUCAUGUCAAGUUUGCUGAUCAUGUGGUCUGCGAAGAAGAAUGCAAAUACGCCAUGCUGGCUUUGAACUGCGUCUGCCCAGCAACCUCCACGCUCAUCACCCUGCUGGUUCACACAUCCAGGGGCCAAGAAGGCCAGGAGUCCCCGGAGCAGUGGCAAAGGAUGUACGGACGCUGCUCAGGCAACGAAGUGUACCACAUCCGCAUGGGGGACAGCAAGUUCUUCAUGGAAUACGAAGGGAAAAGCUUCACCUAUGCUGCCUUCCACGCACACAAAAAGUAUGGCGUCUGCUUGAUCGGCAUCAGGAGGGAAGAGAACAAGAGCAUCCUGCUGAACCCUGGGCCGCGGCACAUCAUGACGGCGUCUGACACCUGCUUCUACAUUAACAUCACCAAGGAGGAGAACUCUGCCUUCAUAUUCAAGCAGGAGGAGAAGCAAAAGAAGAAAGGUUUUGCAGGGAGAGGGAUCUAUGACGGCCCAUCCAGGCUGCCUGUUCACAGCAUAAUUGCAAGUAUGGGUACAGUAGCCAUGGACCUGCAGAACACGGAAUGUCGCCCUGUUAACAGCAGCAAGCUGACCCUGCCAUCGGAAAAUGGAUCGGGUAACAGACGGCCCAGCAUUGCCCCGGUCCUAGAGCUAGCAGACAGCUCCUCCCUCCUGCCCUGUGAUCUGCUCAGCGACCAGUCAGAAGAUGAGAUGACGCAGUCAGAUGACGAAGGACUUACUGUUGUAGAAUAUGUGAAAGGCUACCCCCCGAACUCGCCCUAUAUUGGGAGUUCUCCCACUUUGUGCCACCUUCUACCUGUAAAAGCCCCUUUCUGCUGCUUGAGGUUGGACAAGGGCUGCAAGCACAACAGUUAUGAAGAUGCCAAGGCCUAUGGGUUUAAGAACAAAUUGAUUAUAGUUUCAGCAGAGACUGCUGGGAAUGGCCUGUAUAAUUUCAUCGUCCCUCUCCGUGCAUACUAUAGGUCCCGGAAAGAGUUAAAUCCAAUUGUAUUGCUACUGGACAACAAGCCUGAGAACCACUUCUUGGAAGCCAUCUGUUGUUUCCCCAUGGUUUACUACAUGGAAGGCACGAUCGAUAACCUCGACAGUUUGCUGCAGUGUGGGAUCAUUUAUGCUGACAACUUGGUGGUUGUGGAUAAGGAAAGCACAAUGAGCGCAGAGGAGGAUUACAUGGCAGACGCAAAAACAAUUGUCAACGUCCAGACCAUGUUCCGGCUGUUUCCAAGCCUUAGCAUCAUCACCGAGCUGACCCACCCGUCCAAUAUGAGGUUCAUGCAGUUCAGAGCAAAGGACAGUUAUUCCUUGGCCCUCUCCAAACUUGAAAAGAAAGAGCGAGAGAAUGGCUCCAACCUUGCGUUCAUGUUCCGGCUCCCGUUUGCUGCCGGCAGAGUGUUCAGCAUUAGCAUGUUGGAUACAUUACUCUAUCAGUCGUUUGUGAAGGACUACAUGAUCACCAUUACGAGAUUGCUGCUGGGCCUUGAUACCACGCCGGGUUCUGGCUACCUCUGUGCUAUGAAAAUCACUGAGGAUGACCUGUGGAUCCGGACGUAUGGCCGUCUCUUCCAGAAGCUUUGCUCUUCCAGUGCAGAAAUUCCCAUUGGGAUCUACAGAACUGAAUCGCACAUGUUCUCAACCUCCGAGCCUCAUGACAUCAGAACUCAGUCGCAGAUCUCAAUCAAUGUCGAGGAUUGCGAGGAUACAAAAGAUGUCAAGGAGCACUGGAACAUCAAGACAAGCCAUCACAGGAACUCCUGCUCGAGCGACCAGUCUGAACACCCCUUGCUACGGCGCAAAAGCAUGCAGUGGGCCCGCAGGCUGAGUCGGAAAGGAAACAAGCACACAAGCAAAACAGCGGAGUGGAUCAGCCAGCAGAGGUUGAGUCUGUACAGGAGGUCGGAGCGGCAAGAGCUUUCAGAGCUUGUCAAAAACCGAAUGAAACACCUGGGUUUACCUACCACUGGGUAUGAUGAAAUGAAUGACCAUCAGAACACAUUAUCCUAUGUCCUGAUUAACCCACCGCCGGACACCCGACUGGAACUCAACGAUAUAGUGUAUUUAAUACGGUCUGACCCUCUCGCUCACGUAGCCAAUGACUCCCACAGUCGAAAAAGCAGCUGCAGUAACAAACUGGAGCCGUGCAAUCCUGAAACAAGAGAUGAAACGCAGCUCUAAACAGCCUGGCCACUGCCCGCGUCUUCUUCUCAUAUUGCUACUGCAUGGAAUUGUCAGAGCCUUUACUAUCAACUGUACCCCAGGGCAUGGAUUCUUUGGGGACAAAAAUGGAGUCCAGGUGGAACACUGAAAAGAAAAAAAUCCCGUGAACACUAAUUGUCAGUGGGUUCCAAGGCCCUGGCAGAUUCCUCCGCAUUGCACUAAGAAAAUGUAAUUCCCAACCUGGAUUCGAGCGGCUUAGAAAUGCCUUGAAAGGAAGCUCUGCAAACCUCGGAGUUAAAGGACAGUUGGCCAAAUAAAAGGCUCAAGGAUUCAUACAGUUAUUUGUUUUUAACUUUUUUUUUUUAAAUCUAUACCGCAACUAGUGAAACAGUCUUCAUUGGUACUGGCAGACGUGGCCGCAGUGAGCAGAGACGACAACUGAAACCUGAUUGACUAGAAGGCUCGGGCUGAAAAACACCCCCAAACACUGCCGGUCACGUUGUACCCAGUGGGACGUGGAAGUGUCAGGGCGAGAGAGAAAAUUAUCAUGUAGCCUUUUUAUUUAUGUUUUCAAUGGUAUCCUUCCCCCUGCAGGCUACCCAACCGUCCUAAUGUUCUUCAGCAUUUGUUGCCUUGUUUUCCAUUAUGGGGAAAGAGAGAGAUGGGGGAGGGAGAGACGAGACUGAGACAUCACUUUUAAUUAUCCAGAUCCAGUUCUGGUAUGAUAGCAAAUCAUGCCAUUGGAAGCUCCAGCAAGCUGCUGAGGUGGGACAAGAAACCCCUUAAGCUAGAGGGCUGCUGGAAGUGUGUGAUUUGUCCGUAGGCGCUGGGGCUCUGAGCCACAGCCAUUGUCGAAUUACAGCCGUCUACGUUUAUCGUUCUGUCAAAAGCCUGUGCCAAAUCCACCGUUCCUUUUAAAGUCUCAUAAACAGGCAAACUGAGGACCAAAAUCAUCCCCGUGCUGUGUUCAUAUCUACAUGGAAACCCUGGUUCAACUGG